AUGGACGCGUCGUCCAACGAGCUCAGAACGAGCAUCCUAGACUGGGACGAGAACGACGUACACAACUGGCUCUCCAAACUCGGCUUCCCACAAUAUGAGCAGCAGGUCAAAGAGCACAACAUAUCCGGCGAUGUCCUCUGCCUUCUCGACCCCGAAAGCCUGAAGGAAAUGGGCAUUUCGACCAUCGGCCAACGUCUCACGAUCCUCAAGGCCGUCUACAAUGUCAAGCUGGCCCAGAACAUCCCUAUUGAACCCGAACACUACGUACCGCCUUCGGAGGCAGAGGAGCGCCAAGAAGUCAGUGUGGGACGGCUAUAUGACUUGUUAAAGGACCAAAGCGAGCGUCUUCGGUCAUUGGAGGACGACAACAGAAGGUUGAGUGAUACCCUGAGCAGCUGUUUGGAGGACCUCGGCCAACUGCGCGGCAUUUCUGCGCGCCCCCAACUCGUGGAGUCCGAGAGCCCAGUCCAGCGCUCGCAUUCAUUUAAAUGGGGCUCCUUUGUCAAACCUGCCAAAUCCCCCACGAAAGCCUCGACCACAGACGUCGAAUCCCCUCAACCAUCCCCCCAACGAAUGGAGCACGACAUUCACGGCAGUUCUUCCCGCCAGACGUCCUCAGUCCUCACUGACAGAUCAAGAGCAUCUGGUACUACGGUUGUUGGAAGCGAAGCCGGCUCUAGCCAGCAUACAUCCUACUCAAGUACGAACACACUGCAGCCGAAUCCUCCGCCGCCCCGUCCUCAGCGGCAGGAUAGCCAAGAUAACCUCAAGAGCUUCAAAGUCAGCUUGGACGAUCCAGCGUGGAAGGUGCUCCCGGCCGCGUUAAAGAAGUACAAGAUCAACAACGACGACUGGCAGAACUACGCUAUGUUCAUAUGCUAUGGCGCUCCUGGGAGUCGUAUCGAGCGCUGCCUUAGCUACGAUGAGAAGCCGUUGCUACUCUUCCAGAAACUCAAGGACGCGAAGAAGAACCCUGUCUUCAUGCUCAAGCAUAUCAAGGACAUACGUUCUCCCAUUGCCGUCGCGCAGCAGAAGCAAGCCGCCCGGAAGGCGUCGGCUACUGACGGUGGUUCCGCCAAGUCCACACCCACGCCAGGCGCGUCCGGGCACGCACAGUCCCACGGCCAGCACCUCGGCCAAUCCCCUUCUCAGGAUGGACGUGGACGUCCACCCAAGCUGCAAGUAAACAGCCACUUGCCAAACCAAGCCCCGGGUAUCAUGACCGCGGUGCCAAACGGACAGUCUGGGUGGCCAGAACUCAUGUCACCAAUGGUCGAACACAAGGUGGACUUCGGUGCGGACGCAUCGAAGGCGCAGGGCGAUGCAGCCGGUGCUCCAGAGGCGUCGGAAAGCGGGACUCCUCCCAUCCUGAGGGAAAUGCCGCCAGCAUCGGAGGUAUCAUACGCCGUCGCGAUCUAUCCCUACAUGGCGGAGCAGGAAGACGAGUUCGAUGUCAUAGUUGGCGAUACGUUCAUCAUCGUUUCACGAGCAAGGGGGUGGUGGGUCGUUCAGCGCGACCCCGCAGGAACCGGCUAUGUGGACCAAGAUCCAUCGAAGCAAGGUUGGGUCCCUGCAGGCUGUCUACUCGAAACCAAAGUCCCCGUCGCUGCCGCAAUCGCGGAAGCCACCGCGCGUGGAGGCAUGGUCGGGACACCGCCAUCUUCCCCGCCAGGCACGACGCCGAUCCUACCAUUGAGCAUCCUAUCAACGAGCUUCCCUGGCAUCGCGUUGAUGGACUACAAGAAGAAGGGCGAGGAAGAGCUGGAUUUACAGAAGGACGACUCUCUAAGGGUGUUCAAGAGGUACAAUCAUUGGUCAUACGCUGUCAAGGAAGAGUCGGGAGAUCGCGGAUGGGUACCGUCAUGGUUCAUUGGCAAGGUCCCUUCAUCAUCAGGGACCCCGGCGACGCCCAGUGUUGCCAACGCCCCGAACCUCUCGGUCAACGACCAGGACUCCCGAUACGGCGACCUCUCCGCGACUCAGCAGGCGCAGGUGUCGCCAAUGUCGUCUGCGUUCCCACCCAUUCAGUCGCGAACAGCGGCAGUCGUAUGAGCCAGGUUCUCGUCGCUGCCCCGCGCGCCUUCUCUACGCUUUCGGACCUCUUUCGUCGCCUCCAUUGUAUCGUCACGACCUCUCACGACCUGCAUUCAUUCACGUUCAUCCUUCUUUGACACCAGAUCAUCGUCUGGUUGACCACUCAUUCCCUCCCUGAAUAUCUCUCCCCGCGCAUAUAUCCUCUCUUACCCGUCUCCCCAUCAAGCCACUCCUUAAUGUUAUUAGGCUUCCUUCCGCACAUCCGGCAUGCUAAUCGCGCCCGCUGCCCCGAGCUCCGUACUCUCCGC